GUAGAGAGAUUAGUGUAGUUGACAAGUUUCCUCGUCCCUCCCUCCUCUGCACCCUCCCGCCCGGCGCCUGCCUCCCUCACUGACACACAGCAGCAGCAGAUCCUCCUCCGCCUGCACUCUCAGCGCAUCCAUUUCCCGACGUCGUCCCCGCACCGCUGUCACCUAGCAGACAUCUGCCAUAAGGUUUGCUGCUUAUUUGGAAAGUGCCUUUUUCAAAAGUCACUUUUGAUAGUAAGUACUACAGCGGACCUUCUGGAUUUAAACACAUUGUGAAUGACAAACGCCCAGAAGUCUGCCCUGAAGUUUAACUGAGUUACCUUCUAUGUCCACUGUAUCAUUGCCAAUGACUCAUCGAGAAAUAACUGAGUAUCUGCAGAAUCAAAGGGACAUUCCUCUGUCCAGUAACGCCUGUUGAGAUUCCAAGAAGCCUGCUAUUGUGGUUUUUAUUCAUUCUUAAGUCAAUAUUAUAUUGUUGCCAAGCAAGAACUAAUAUAUUCCAUUGAGGACAACCAUUGAACAGGAGUUACUUUAUGGAAAUCCGCUAUCGGCAAAGCUGCUAUCCCACUCUGACAUCCACAUUUGCUUAAACCAGGCUGCUUGAUUGAUGACUGACUCUGUGCUGGUUAAUUAGCUGUUCUCAUGCUGCUUUGCAUAUCUUGGAGUCCCUUUAGCAGUUUAUUCCAUCUGAAGCUAUAUAAAACUUGGUGAGGAAGGUUUCCGAGCUCUACCUGAAUUUCAGUGUGAAACUUGCCGGUCAGACGUCCGAUCCCUAGUGCUUUCUCCAGCAUGGCUUUGAAUGUAGCUCCGGUAAGAGAUACGAAAUGGCUGACGCUAGAAGUGUGCCGACAGUUCCAGAGGGGGACUUGCUCAAGAUCUGAUGAGGAAUGCAAAUUUGCACAUCCACCCAAAAGUUGUCAGGUUGAAAAUGGACGUGUUAUUGCCUGCUUUGAUUCCCUAAAGGGACGCUGCUCAAGAGAGAACUGCAAAUAUCUGCAUCCACCAACGCACCUAAAAACGCAGCUAGAAAUAAAUGGCAGGAACAAUCUCAUUCAGCAGAAAACAGCUGCAGCCAUGCUUGCUCAACAAAUGCAGUUCAUGUUCCCAGGAACACAGCUGCAGCACAUGCCCACAUUUCCUGUAGGUCCAGCGUUAGGAACAAAUACAGCUAUUAGUUUUGCUCCGUAUCUUACACAAAUGACACCAGGUGUUGGAUUAAUGUCAACUGAAAUGCUGCCCUCUACACCUGUCCUUGUUCCUGGAAGUCCACCUGUAUCAGUCACCGGUUCUACUUCUACUCAGAAACUUCUCAGGACAGAUAAAUUGGAGGUAUGCAGGGAGUUUCAGAGAGGAAACUGUGCACGGGGAGAGACUGAUUGUCGCUUUGCUCACCCAGCAGACAGCACGAUGAUUGAUACAAAUGAUAACACUGUAACCGUUUGUAUGGAUUACAUUAAGGGUCGCUGCAUGAGGGAGAAAUGCAAAUAUUUUCACCCUCCUGCACAUUUGCAGGCCAAAAUCAAAGCUGCACAACAUCAAGCCAACCAGGCUGCAGUGGCCGCACAAGCAGCUGCUGCAGCUGCAACAGUGAUGACGCAGUCGACUGCCAAAGCAAUGAAGCGACCUCUCGAAGCAACUGUAGAUCUGGCUUUUCCACCGGGCGUCCUUCACCCUUUACCAAAGAGACAGGCUCUAGAAAAAAGCAAUGGUGCCAGCACACUUUUUAAUCCUAGUGUCUUGCACUACCAACAGGCUCUGGCCAAUGCACAGUUGCAGCAGCAAACAGCGUUUUUCCCAGCAGGGUCAGUUUUGUGCAUGACACCAGCUACUAGUAUUGAUCAUACUGAAAUAAUGGUCAAGAGUGGAAUAGAGCAGCAGGAAGAUUCACAGAAGAUAGCAAAGCAUUCAUAUUGUACAUACUAUCCAGUCUCCUCCUCUAUAGAGUUGCCACAAACUGCAUGCUAAAAAAGGAUCUUAUUCUCUAAAUGGACAAACUACAAACUCUUAGAAAGCUAGUGCUGCUAUAUUAUACAUUGAUAAUAUAUAUGGUAUGCUUAAUAUAUUCCAACAUAAAAUAGUUAACUACCUGAUACCAGCUGUGAUGUUAGUGGGUAAAGUUUACUUUUUAAUAUUUUGUAUACCUGGCUACCACUUGACAAUAAUGUCUUAUCUAGGUUCACAUCCAAAUCAGAGGGAUUAGCCCCGUCAGUUCAUAUAUUUUAACUGCUGAAAAAUAUUUAAAAUUGACAAAAGAUUGUUUUCUUGUCUUAUGGCGAAUAUAACAUAUUAGAUUGUGAAUUGUAACACAUUAUUCUAGCCAUAUAUAGUUCCCCCCUUUUGUAGAGAAGACCAAGAAGAAAAAGCAUUCUCAAACAUGGAAACAAAGCUUAUGUUAAAGCACAAAUUCAAAGCCUACAGUCUCACGCCCCGUGUAUCAAAAGAGAAAUAAAAAGAAAAAACACAGUUGUGUUGGAAUACAGUAGUUGGGAUAAAAAAAAAAAAAAAAAAGCAAAACAAAAGACAAAAAAGGAAUCAUUUGCACAGUAUGACUGUCAUACACAAGAAAGUCUUGAAUAUUUUUAUUUUAGUUUUGAGUGUAUGAUGUUUUUUAACCAAGACUUUGCAAAAGUGCCUAAAUUUCACCACAGUACAACAAACGCAUGCAACUGAUGCCAACCUCCCAGUUACCAACAAAUGUUCUUUUCAAAAAUGCAAUCAAAGGUUAAAAAAUAUAGCAUGUUGGGUAUCCAGGUUAUUGCAGGAAGACAAGGCAUCCGAGGAGGAGUUUUCUUAGAUAAUCGAAUGUACAAAUGAAUAUAUAUAUCAGUCACAACAUAAGGGUGACUCUAAUCUAUAUAUAACAUAUUACAUUUUUUAAAUGUAGUAAAUAGUUUUAUUUUGACCCUGCUAAGUGCUUGAGAGACCUGCAAAACACUGCAGAGCAAUGCAUUACAGGCCUUCCCACACUUGACCAUGAGGCAACAGCAUGCAGCAGUGAAAGAUACCUACAGUAUGACUGCCGCAGAGAUGCUUGUAUACAGGGUCUAUAGUGCUAUACUUUUUUAUAAUUGGAUUAAGAGAGUUGUAACAGGAUUACAGCACAAGAGUAAAGAAAAUUGUGUUUUAAAGCAUAUUUUAUGUCUGAAAAGUUAUGAAGAGUUGUUGCUUAGGAAACAUACUGAAAAAAAAAAUACCUAUGAUAAAGCAGAUUUUUGAUGUUUACUUUUACAAUAGGCAGUUGAUUUACAUGGUAAUGUCUGUACAUUUAUUAUGUAAUUUAGUUAAUAAGUUUAUUUCAAGCACUAUUGUACCAAAUAUUUCAUGUUUCUAUGUUGCACAUUUGUCACACUAAGUAUGUUGUUGAUAAAUUAUGGAUAUCAGAAGAGGACAGCUGUUAUACCUGGAUAGUAUACUUAAGUGUUAGAAAUAUGUUAUUUUUUUCUCUUGUAAAAAGACAAUAUUAGUGAUUGCAGUAUUUUAAGAAAAUUUCAAAAGUUGAAUGUAAGCUAUUUUUAAUGUGGACAGCCUGUUCUUAAAGAAGGCGCUGUAAUUCUAUUAUUGGUAAUCAGGAAAAGACUGCCUUUAUUUUUAUUUUAUUUUUUAUUUUGUAUUAUAUGUAAAAUGUUUAAUUUCUGCUCUUAUAUUAAAGAAGCAGAUCUGAUUACUCGACAGAACUAUAUCAAAAUCCACUUGAAAAGGAGUAUUUUAAUAUUGCUUAUAUCACUAUAAACCUGUAUCUUUAAAGAAAAAGUUGACUUAUAUGAAAGUUGAUGCUCUAUACUGAUAUUUUUUACUAUGUUUUGAAUUGUUUUAACAUUAUUUGUUCCUUGACUUCUCCAGUAAGCAGCCAUAAUUUACCUUUGUCACCUCAACCAGCUAGCCAUAUGUUGACAACAUCCUACAGUAUAUACGAAUAAACAUUGCAUUGCCAGUGACCAUAAAUAUAAAGAAUAGAACGUACAAGUUUGAUACAAAGUUGCAUGCUAUGCCCAACCUAAUGGGUACUUGGAACAGCCCCUACUUUGGUCAGCUGACACAUCUUUCACCCUUAAUUUGCCAACGGUGAAAAUCAUUAAGAUGAAAAAUGCUUGAACAAUAAAUACUUCAACAUAAAGGUUUAUAUUAGUGAUUGUAAGAAAAACAUAUAUUUUUUCACCAACCACUUCCAGGUUACAGCAUCAUACUACUCCCAGUCCUUAUACAGUAUAUCUCAUUUUGAAUUGGGGUGUAAAAUUAUAAGGAUAUAAAUGGUUGCCCUCUGUUUUAAUUUUUACUUAUAAAUAUAUAUAUGUAUAUUUUAUUAUUUUAAAAAAAUUACUUUUGGAUGAUAUUUUUGUGUUUUGUAUUUUUGUUCUUGUAAUGUCCUCUAAUUAAAGUAGCCUCUUCAAAAAAACAUAAGGCAUUUAAUACUUCUAUUAAAGUACAGCAGUAGAAGGACACAACUGGUUAAAUCGCAAGAUGCAUACAUAUAAGUGUUCUAUAAACAACACAGUGAAGGACAUUUAUCAAAACUGUUGCACAGAAAACUAUGCAAAAUGUCAGAUCAGCAUUGUCUAUUACAGUUUAGAAAAAUAAGAGCAAAUGUGAUUGGUAUGCAUAGUACAAGUUUUUGGAUGGUUACCUGUGCAUCAGUUUUCAGAAAUGUACCCCAAUAUGUAAUCACAGUGCUCGCUAAUCAAUAUCCAGCCGUAUGUUUUAUCAAUAUACUACAAUUCUUAAGCCGUAGUAUUGUUGCCUCUUAUAAUGAAUAUUGGUUCAUCAUGGACUUUUAAAGCACUGAAACUCUGUAUGUGGUUGACAUCACUACAGGACCUUUGAGAAACUAAAUGUCCUAGGAUUGGUGAAGACAUAGUGUUUGUAUUUUAUAUAACUUGAAAACAAGACCAGCACCAAAAUUCCCAACCUUACUCUGUCACUGAUCUUCAUUAAUGUGGUUGCAAAAGUCUCAAGAAAACAAUGCCAACAUUUUGCAUCUGCACUGUCCUACUUCAAGGUCUUCUCUUUGUAUGGGGAUGUAAAAUAUUGCAAAAGUUUAAUAAAUUAUUUUGGUGCAGGAA